AUGCCUCAACGUCGGGCGAGAAAGACUACUAUUAGUGCUACAGAUGAGACACCGAACUGGCAUGCUGACAGCACACCCCAACGGGUUGGAAGUAUCCCUCAGCAGGAGGGAGUCAUGAACCCUCAAACGGGACAGGAACCGGGCUUAAGCCAGGUUAUGCAGACCAUGGUGGGCCUCAUGCAAAUGCAACAGCAGGUGCAACAGCAGUUGCUCCAACAACAAGCGCAGUUGCUCCAGACACAGCCACAGCAAGGACGAGGGAAACAGUGUGAACAUCGUAGCAGCAUAGCUGAAUUUAAGAGACUGGCUCCUCCAGCUUUUCAGGGGACUACAGAACCUUUGGAAGCCGACAAUUGGCUUACAGAGAUGGAAAAAGCAUUUGCUGUCUUAAGAUGCCGGGACGAUGAAAAACUUUUGUUUGCAUCAUACAUGUUGCAGGAAGAAGCAUUUAAUUGGUGGCAGAUGUUGGAGCAUAAAUUUGAGCAUGAUGGGGAACCUCUCACUUGGGAUAAAUUUCGAAAAGCAUUCUAUGAUAAAUAUUUUCCUCGGAGUGUCAGGACACAGAAGGAACAAGAAUUUAUCCAUUUGAAGCAAAGGGGCAUGACAGUGGCCGAAUAUGAAGCCAAAUUCACAGAACUAGCCAAAUUUGUUCCGAAAUUGGUGGAAGAUGAGCAAGACCGAGUGCACAAGUUUGAGAUGGGAUUGAAGACUGAAAUUAGGAAGCAAGUGGUACCCUAUGAGUUGACUACCUACGCAGCUGUGGUGAAUAAAGCUUUAAUCAUUGAAAGGGAAGUCAACGAAGCUUUUGCUGAAAGAGAAAGAAACCAAAAGAAAAGAAACAGACCUGCUGAAUUUAAAGGGGGAAACAAGAAUUUCAAGAAUCCAGCUCAGAAGCCAAAUAAAGAUAGAAAUCCCAAAAAUGAGAAUGGAAAGUGUUCAAGAUGUGGCGGUAAUCAUGAAUUUGCAAAUUGUCCCUGGGUUACAGGUUCUUGUUUUCAUUACGGACAGAAAGGUCAUAAAAUUGCAGAUUGCCCACAAAGAAACGAGAUUAAAUCCACGCAGGCAAUGGAAGGAAGCCAGAGGCCAAAGACUCAAGGAAGGGUGUUCGCACUUACACAGCAGGAUGCACAAGCUUCUAAUGCAGUGGUCACAGGUACUAUUCCCGUAUUCGAUAUUUAUGCUUAUGUCUUAUUUGAUCCGAGUGCCACACAUUCAUUCAUAUCCUCAAGCUUUAUCAAAACACAUAAUAUAUUGUGUGAAUCUAUGACCACUAAGUUCUAUGUGGAGACGCCAGUAGGUGGUAUGUUGAGCACUGAUGUUAUAUGCAAGGCAUGCAAAAUUGAAAUAAUAGAUAGGGAGUUACCUGUGGAUCUAAUUGUACUUGAUAUGCGGGAUUUUGAUGUCAUUCUGGGGAUGAAUUGGCUCGCUACCUAUCAUGCCUCAGUGGACUGUCAUGGCAAGAGGGUAAAUUUCCAAAUUCCGGAGGAACCGGCAUUCAGUUUCUGUGGGAACCAGGGAACUGCUUUUCCUCAUAUUAUCUCGGCUUUGCAAGCUGGACGAAUGUUAAGGAAAGGAUGCACAGGUUAUCUGGCCUCAGUAAUUGAUAUACAACAAGAUGAACUAAAGAUAGAGGAUAUUCCUAUAGUGAAUGAAUUUUCGGACGUCUUUUUCGAGGAGUUAUCAGGAUUGCCACCGGACAGAGAAAUUGAAUUCACUAUUGAUCUUAUACUCGGUUCAGGUCCGAUUUCUAAAGCUCCUUAUCGAAUGGCCCCAGCUGAAUUAAAAGAAUUGAAAGAUCAGUUGCAAGAUUUACUGGACAAGGGUUUUAUACGACCUAGUGUGUCACCUUGGGGAGCUCCAGUGCUCUUUGUGAAAAAGAAAGAUGGAAGCAUGAGACUCUGCAUUGACUAUAGAGAAUUAAAUAAAGUCACUAUAAAGAACAAGUACCCUUUGCCUCGAAUAGAUGAUUUAUUUGACCAGUUGCAAGGUGCAUAUGUUUUCUCUAAGAUUGAUCUCUGCACAGGAUAUCAUCAGCUAAAGAUCAAAGCGGAAGAUGUACCCAAGACUGCAUUCAGAACUCGUUAUGGACAUUAUGAAUUCUUGGUGAUGCCUUUUGGAUUGACGAAUGCCCCAGCAGCUUUCAUGGACUUAAUGAACAGAAUAUUUAAAUCUUUUCUAGAUCGAUUUGUGGUGGUGUUCAUUGAUGACAUUUUAAUUUAUUCAAAAGGAAAAGAAGAACAUGAGGAACAUUUACGAAGCGUACUUCAACUCUUAAGAAGGGAGAAGCUCUAUGCUAAAUUAAAGAAGUGUGAGUUUUGGUUGAAUGAGAUAUCGUUUUUGGGGCAUAUCAUAUCCGGAGAUGGGAUUUCUGUGGAUCCAGCAAAAGUGGAAGCUGUAGUACAGUGGAACAGGCCUACUAAUGUUUCUGAGAUUCGCAGCUUUCUAGGAAUGGCAGGCUAUUACAAACGAUUUAUGGAAGGAUUUUCCUCUAUAGCUAUACCUUUGACUCGUUUAACUCAAAAAGGAGUUAAGUUUGAAUGGACUGAAGAAUGUGAACGAGGCUUUCAGGAAUUAAAGAGGCGAUUGGUUACAGCACCUAUUCUUACUAUACCUACAGGUGAUGAUGGAUUCACAAUUUAUAGUGAUGCUUCAAGGAAGGGACUCGGCUGUGUUUUGAUGCAGCAUGGUAAGGUAGUAGCCUAUGCCUCUAGACAAUUAAAAUCUUAUGAGCAAAAUUAUCCUACUCAUGAUUUGGAGUUAGCAGCUGUGAUUUUUGCUCUCAAGAUUUGGAGACAUCAUCUUUACGGAGUACGAUGCGAAGUGUUUACAGAUCACAAAAGUUUGAAAUAUAUAUUUACCCAGAAGGAAUUGAAUUUGAGACAAAGAAGAUGGUUGGAACUGUUGAAGGACUAUGAUCUAACGAUAAAUUAUCACCCUGGAAAAGCUAACGUUGUUGCAGAUGCCUUGAGCAGAAAGUCAAUAGGAAAUAUGGCUACUUUGAUUACUAGCCAACUACAAAUUUUGGAAGAUGUGAGGAAACUUGAACUAGAAAUCUGAGUAUCUGGCACAAGGACUCAACUGGCUUAUAUGCAGGUUCAGCCGACACUCAUAGAGAGGAUCAAGACAGCUCAGGGUAAUGACCAGCAGUUAUUGAAGAUUCGGAAGUCGAUAGAAGCAGGAGAUAUAUCUGAAUUCAGGAUUCAUGAGGACGGAUCUUUGAGGUAUCGGAAUAGAAUUUGUGUACCUAUGGAUUUAGUAAUCAAACAGGAAAUUCUUAAAGAAGCCCAUCAGUCUGGAUAUACAGUGCACCCAGGACGAACUAAGAUGUAUAGAGAUUUAAAGGAAUUGUAUUGGUGGAACAACAUGAAAAGAGAAAUUGCUCAAUUCGUGGCACAAUGUCUAGUAUGUCAGCAGGUUAAAGCUGAACACCAAAGACCUGCAGGACUGCUUCAGCCUCUUGACAUUCCAAUAUGGAAGUGGGAACAAAUUUCUAUGGACUUUGUAACAGGACUGCCAA